AUGAAGGAAAAGAAUCUUAUCGAGACGGCGAAAAUGCAGGGGAACGUGAUGGAGCUGGUGGGGAGCAACCCUCCGCAGAGGAACUGGAAGGGAAUAGCGAUUGCUCUGCUUGUCAUUCUGGUCAUCUGCUCGCUCAUCGUCACCUCCGUCAUCCUGCUGACGCCAGGUGAAGAUGACAACCUGGCCCUGAAAGGGAAAGUGACGGUCGGGGACAUCUUCAGCAAGGAUUUCAAGGUUCACGACCCGGAUGCCAAGUGGAUAAGCAGUAAUGAGUUGUUGUACCGGUCUCGUGAAGGGGACGUGGAGAAGUUCAACAUAGACACCGGAGAGAAGACCGUCUUGGUGCAGAACAAGAAGUUUGAGAUGUACAAGGCCAGCAGGUACGAGGUGUCUCCAGACCUGAAGCACGUGUUGCUGGCCUACACCGUCACCCCGGUGUACCAGUUCUCAUUCACAGCCUUCUACAUCAUCUGCAGCCUGGAGACACCGGAGACAUGGAACCUGAACCCCCCAGAGGUGCGUAACGCUCAGCUGCAGUACGCAGGCUGGGGGCCCACCGGACAGCAGCUGAUCUUUGUGUUUGAGAACAACAUCUACUACCGAUCUACUGUGGAGAGCAGAUCGAUACGUCUGGUCUCCUCUGGAAAGGAAGGGGUGAUCUUCAACGGACUCAGCGAUUGGCUGUACGAGGAAGAGAUCCUCCAGACCCACAUGGCCCACUGGUGGUCCCCAGAUGGAGCCAGGCUAGCGUACGCCACCAUCAACAACACCAUGGUGCCCAGGAUGGAGGUCCCCAUGUUCACCGGCACCCUCUACCCCACAGGGAAAGAAUACCACUACCCUAAGGCAGGAGAAGAGAACCCAGUCAUCUCUCUGUAUGUGGUCAACCUCAAUGGUCCUCUACACACUAUUGAGAUGAGAAGACCCGAGGACCCCAGGAUAGGGGAGUACUAUGUCACCAUGGUGAAGUGGGCCACCACCACCAAGCUGGCAGUCAACUGGCUGAACCGCGCCCAGAACAUCUCCAUGCUCACACUGUGUGAGGCCACCACAGGAGUCUGCACCAAGAAACAUGAAGAUGAGAGUGAAGGCUGGCUCCACAGACAGAACGAGGAGCCUCUGUUCUCUAAAGACGGUCUGAAGCUGUUCUUCACCAGGGCCAUCCCUCAGGGAGGCCGGGGGAAGUUCUUCCACAUCUCCAUGUCCAUCUCCCAGCCUAACACCAGUACAGACACUCUGCAGUCCAUCACGUCUGGAGACUGGGACGUCACCCAGGUCCUGGCCUACAACGAGGACAGCCAGCUGAUAUACUUCCUGAGCACAGAGGACGAUCCUAAGAGAAGACACCUGUACAGUGCCGACACAGUGGGUCCCUUCAACCGCCGCUGUCUGUCAUGUGACUUCUCUGAUGACUGUGGGUACGUCAGUGGAUCCUUCAGCCACAACAUGAGCUACUUCCUGCUCAGCUGCCAGGGUCCAGAUGUUCCCUUCUCGUCUGUGUACAGCACCCAGGACAAGCUGAAGGUGUACGACCUGGAGACCAAUGACAAUGUGAGGCUGACUCUGGACGACCUGCAGAUGCCCAGAGUGGAGUACAAGGAGAUCGACAUCGAGGAUUACACCCUGACCAUGCAGAUCCUCAAGCCCGCCAGCUUUGUGGACACCGCACACUACCCACUUCUGCUGCUCGUCGAUGGCACCCCCGGUGGCCAGAUGGUGUCGGAGCGCUUCGAGCUGGACUGGCCCACGGCGCUGGUGAGCAGCUUCGGGGUCAUCGUGGUCCGCUUCGACGGCCGCGGCAGCGGCUUCCAGGGCACCAACCUGCUGCACCGCGUCCAGAAGAAGCUGGGCGUGUUCGAGGAGAGGGACCAGCUGGAGGCCCUGAGUAUCAUAUCGAGAGAACCGUACAUUGAUAAGACCAGGAUCGGAGCUUAUGGAAAGGUGUACGGAGGCUACGUCACCAGCCUCCUACUCAGUGCCGAGGACUCUCCUGUGAAGUGUGGAGCUGUCCUCUCCCCCAUCACCGACUUUGAGCUGUUUGCGUCUGCCUUCUCGGAGCGCUACCUUGGCAUGCCCAAGCCCGACCCCCGGGCAUACGCGAUGACUAACCUGGCCCACAGGGCGUCCCAGUUCCUCAACAAGAGGUUUCUCAUUGUCCACCCAACCGCUGAUGAGAAAGUCCAUUUCCAGCAUACAGCUAAAUUAAUCUCCCAGCUCAUCAAUGAGAAGGCCAACUACACUCUGCAGAUCUACCCAGACGAGGGCCACUUCCUGCACAGCGAGGCCACGCGGCAGCAUCUCAGCCAGUCUCUGGUGAACUUCUUUGAGGAGUGCUUCAGGCUCCCAGACAGGGGCUUUGAGGAGAGGCUGGAGGAGGAGAGUGAGGAGGAGGGUUAGCCCGCCUGGUCGUCCCCCCGUCCAACCUCAAACAUCCCCCCCCUACUACCCCCCGCCAAGU